AUGGCGGCGGGAUCGCGCGCGCUUUUUCUGGGGGUGGACGGCGGCGCAUCUUCCACCUCCGCCGUUCUCCUCGACCUCUCGCGCGCAAACGUCGCUGCGCCCGCGGAGGCGGAAGGAAUGGCGGAAGCCAUGGCGGAAGCUGGCGGGCCAGCGGAACUGACGGCGGCUGGCGCGCGGGACUGCGUGGUGGGGCGCGGAAGCGGCGGAAGCUCGAAUAAGAACAGCGUUGGCGAGGCUAGUGCGCGCAGUGCACUGCAAGCAGCGAUGGAGGGGGCGCUGGGGGCGGCGGGGGUAGCGGCGGGGGAGGUGGCGGGGGUGUGUGUGGGGAUGGCGGGGGUGGAUAGACCCGCGGACAUGCAGCUAGUGCGCUCAUGGCUCAGCCCCAUGUUCCCCCACCUCCCGCCGUCCCGCCUGUUGAUCCGCAACGACGCUCUAGUCGCGUUCGCCAGUGCCACUCUCGGCGUCAUUCCCGCUGCCGCUGCCACCACCGCCACUGGCACUCUCCCAGACGAAUCCCAGGAGAGCAGGCGCAGAGGGAGAGGAGACAGCAGAAGGGGACGAGGCGGAGGAGGAGGAAGUGGGGGAGGAGGAGCGGUGGAAGGGAGUGUGGAUGGGUCGAGCGGUGGAGUGGUGGUGAUUUCAGGAACGGGCACGAUCGCGUAUGGGAUAGCAGCAGACGGCAGGGAGGCGAGGGCGUCAGGGGGCGGGCCGUUGCUGGGGGACAAGGGGAGCGGGUAUGCGAUGAGCUGUGAGGCUCUGGCUGCCGUGCUGCGUGCGUGGGACGGGCGUGGCCGCGUGACGGCUCUUACAGAGGCCGUGCUGGGGCAUGCAGGGCUGAGCAGCCCCAGCGAGCUUAUCAGCUGGGCCUACUCUGAUCCCGCAUGGGCGCGCAUAGCAGCGCUCUUUCCCUGUGUGCGAGCAUGUGCAGCAGCGGGCGAUGCAGCAGCCAUGGCUGUCAUUACAGAUGGAGUGGAGGAGAUGGCACUUUCCGCUCAUGCUGUUGCCUGCCGGCUCGGCUUCCCAGAGUCGCGCCAACCGUUCCUUAUAGUCACAGCAGGCGGUGUGCUCACAGACAGUGCGCCGCCCAACAUCCCGCGCAUGUUUGACCACCAAAUCCGCAUGCUGCUGCCCUCUGCUGUAGUCAAGCCGCCCCAGGUGGAGGCCGCACUAGGGGCUGCUCUCUUGGCCUGGCGGGCCACCUUAUGUUGA